GAGGGAGCGUCCCGAUUGGUUGUCGGUCCCCCGCGUGCAGGCGAGCUGUUGAGGGAUUGGCGCUCUGCCGGUGCGCGUGCUCUAAAGCACCGUCACCUCGCGCAUUAAGCGGGGACCGCUCUAUUCACGGUUUCAUUUGAAAAGUAAAAUAUUUUAUCCGUCACCAGGGCAUUGCUCGCAAUCAGCUAUUGGUUGCUGUCACUAGUACAGGGGUUAGUAACGCAAAAAACGGUCGACCUUUGAUCAGUUUUCAACUUUGUUCACAGCUCAUUUUGUCUCCAUUCACCGAAGGACUCGGUCGACGGACGUUGUUGGCGUUAAGAACUCACCGUCACUCCCCGCUACGCCAACCUUCAGCAUGAUGAAGCACACAAGCGGCCGGUACCAGGCUUCUCCCCCGGUAACUGUUGGCGUGAAACCCGGCAGCUCGCACUCCCUCCAGACCAGGAGAGCUCUCCGGCCCAGAAGAGCCAACGGCCAAGACGUCCGGUGCCCGCGUCGGGAGGAGAUGUACCGGGCCCAAAAGACCAUGCCCCCAACCAUUGUCAUCCAGCGGCAGGAAAUGACUUCAUUCUUCAGACUUCUCGAUGAUGACGUCAUCCAUGACUUUCUGUGGAUGGACUGUUGUUGUAAAUUGUCUGACAAGUACCUUCUGGCCAUGACCUUUGUGUACUUCAAACGGGCCCGCUUCACUAUCGCCCAAUACACCAGGAAGCAUUUUUUCAUUGCACUGUAUCUUGCAAACACAAUGGAGGAGGACGAGGAGGAGGGCAAGUAUGAGAUUUUUCCAUGGGCGCUUGGGAAGCACUGGAGGAAGCAGUUUCCCCGCUUCCUCAAACAGCGAGACUUGCUUUGGGCUCGCGUCGAGUACAGAGCUUCUGUCAGCAGGCGCUGCUGUGAAGAGGUGAUGGCCAUUGUGCCGUCUCACCUAGCGUGGCAGCGUGAGCGGUCGGAGCUCCACAGCGGCGCCCAGCGGCAGUACGGGGAGCGGGAUCACACCCGUAUACCCCGUGGGCCCUUGGCCUCCCCGGUCCCUUGUUCACUCUGCAAACGUGGCGACGCGUUGGAUCGGGGACCGGGCUCUUCAGCUUCUCCCUCCGAAGGCUCUUCGAACACAAACCCUGCCUUUUACCAAUCGUUGAACUUCGCAAUGAGCUUGGAGUUCACUCCACCCAGGGCUACAGCCUGUCUCAGGAGCGCAGCAGAGGCUAAAAUCCAGACGCAGUCUUCCAUCUGUUGUGGGGAAGAGUCAUCGGACGGGUCCACGUACGACCCCUCCAUGGACUGGAUCUGUGAGGAGUAGAGCAUCGAGCCGCUGUGUCUCCUUUCAUGCCACUUUUACUCUAAAGUAAAGGUCUGACUACUUUU